AGCAGGAGCUCUUCGAGCCAAUCAUCGUCAGGAAGGCGGGGUUUGUCGGAAUACGAGUCGGUGAAAGAAAAUAACGUCUCCUAGUGAUGGAGUGUGAAACAACAUGCCGGAAGUAACGUUAGUCUUUAUGGAUACGGAGUUCCAAGAGUUGGGAAGGUAACUUUAAGUCGUAAGGGAAAAAAAGAAAACAAAGGAAAAACGGGAAUUGAAAAGAGAAAAAAGAAGAAGAAGAAGGACGCCACCGAAGUGAACCCGAGUGUUUCGUCGAUUUGUUGCCGCAGUGAGUACAAUGGGAUUACCAGCUCUGGAAUUCAGCGACUCGUUUCUGGACAGUCCCGACUUCAGAGAUCGGCUGAAAUGUCACGAAAUUGAGCUGGAUCGCACGAAUAAGUUCAUAAAAGAGCUGAUUAAGGAUGGCAACAUGCUCAUCACUGCCCUGAAAAGUCUUUCUGCAGCUGUGCAGAAGUUUUCCCAGUCUCUUCAGGAUUUUCAGUUUGAAUGCAUCGGCGACGCAGAAACUGAUGACGAAAUUAACAUUGCUCAGUCAUUGAAGGAAUUCUCUCAGCUAUUAAACACAGUUGAAGAGGAACGACGAAGACUUAUCCAGAAUGCAGAUGAUGUCUUGAUCACGCCGUUGGAGAAGUUCCGCAAGGAGCAAAUCGGUGCUGCUAAAGAGGGAAAGAAGAAAUUUGACAAGGAAACUGAGAAAUAUUAUACACUUCUGGAAAAACACCUGAAUUUGUCCUCAAAAAAGAAAGAGACAUUUUUACAAGAGGCAGAUACCCAGAUCAAUAAGGAGCGACAGAUGUUUUGUGAUGCCUCUCUUGAGUACGUCUUUAAGAUCCAAGAAGUGCAGGAGAAAAAGAAAUUUGAGUUUGUUGAGCCGCUCCUGGCUUUUCUCCAGGGACUGUUCACAUUUUACCAUGAGGGUUAUGAGUUGGCGCAUGAAUUUGAGCCAUAUAAACAGCAACUUCAGUUCAACCUACAGAAUACGAGGAAUAAUUUUGAGAGCACCAGACAGGAAGUGGAGAAUCUGAUGCGAAGGAUAAAGUCAGCAGAACAGGACUUCAAAGCUCCUGGACAGUGGACUAUGGAGGGCUUUCUUUAUGUACAGGAGAAGCGUCCUCUGGGAUUCACGUGGAGCCGACACUACUGUACGUAUGACAAAGAGACUAAGAUGUUUACCAUGAGCAGCUCUGAAAUCAAAUCGGGAAGCAAACAGAACGGACUGGUUCUGAGUCCACCUGAAAUGUUCAAGCUCAAGUCGUGCAUCAGAAGAAGAACAGAUUCAAUCGACAAGCGAUUCUGCUUCGAUAUUGAAGUGGUGGAAAGACAUGGCAUCAUCACCCUGCAGGCUCUGUCUGAUUCCAAUAGACGUCUGUGGAUGGAGGCCAUGGAUGGAAAAGAGCCAAUUUACACCCUUCCAGCACUUUUGAACAAGAAAGAAGAAACAUUCCUAAACGAGGCGGGGUUUAACUUCGUCAAAAAGUGCAUUUAUCUUGUAGAGACAAGAGGUAUCCAAACAAUGGGUCUGUACAGAAUUGGUGGAGUGAACUCUAAAGUGCAGAGACUUAUGACCUCCGUGUUUGCUGCCAAAGCUCCUGCAGACAUGGACCUCGACCCAGACACUUGGGAUAAUAAAACCAUCACCAGUGGUCUCAAAAAUUACCUCAGGUGUCUGGCUGAACCCCUGUUAACCUAUAGACUUCAUAAGGACUUCAUCAUGGCAGUCAAGUCCGACGAUCAGAACUACAGAGUCUGUGCGGUUCAUUCUCUCGUGCACAAGCUGCCAGAGAAGAACAGAGAGAUGCUGGACAUCCUGGUCAAACAUCUGCUUGUGGUUUCCACACACAGCCAGAAGAAUUUGAUGACAGUCUCUAAUCUCGGCGUGAUCUUCGGCCCUACACUGAUGCGCUCCCAGGAGGAAACCGUGGCCGCCAUGAUGAACAUCAAAUUUCAAAACAUUGUGGUGGAGAUUCUUAUAGAGAACUAUGAGAAGAUCUUUCAUCAGUCUCCAGAUCCCAAUGUGCCUCUACCUCAGCCUCAGGCUCAGUCUCGCUCCAGCUCACGCCGCAGCAAAGCCAUCUGCCUAUCAUCAGGCCCACGCAAGUCCAGAGGCCUGUACUCGCCUGCUCUCUGCCUGGCCGAUGCUGACAGUGACACGUUCAGCAGCAGUCCCAGCAGCACACCUAUGGGCAGCCUGGAGUCUCUGUCCUCUCACUCUUCGGAGCAAAACGGCUGCUCCAAGGCGGCCUCUCCCUCACGCUCCAAACACAAGAUCUCAGGCAGCCUGUGCUGGACUACUCCGUCCCCAUCCUCUGAUGGCCCUAAGAGCCCUGGUGGCACCACCAGUCCUGAUUCCAGCUCCAAAGAAGAUGCAGCUAAGACAGACGGCGAGUGGGAGGAGGCUCUUAGUGUUCUCCCACCAGAGCGGGCUUCUCCAGCACCCGAGCUGCCCAGCAGAGCUGAGGUGGAGAAUCCAGAGGUGCGGAGGUCAGGCCGCAUGUCCACCGUAUCCUCCUGCUCCUCCCUCACCUCCCUUCACAUCUCUGAAGGUUUCAGAAGCUGCCAUGGUUCAGUUCAGAGUUUAGUUUCUCGCAGUAACAGAGACAGCCUGAAAUCACUGCCUUUACCGGACCUCCCUGUUAAAGACACGGGCAGAUGCAGACUGGAUUCAUCAGCGAGCAACGGAUACCAGAAGCCUGGAUCUGUGGUGGCCUGCAGAGCAGCGUUUUUCGAGAGCCCUGUGGUCUCCCAGCCGGCCCCUGCUGGAAGGGAGGCCAAAGCCAUGUAUUCCUGCCAAGCAGAGCACAGCCAUGAACUCAGCUUCCCUAAGGGAGCUCUCUUCAAUAACGUGCACCCGUCAGUGGAACCAGGGUGGCUUCAAGCUACGUAUAAUGGCAAGACUGGACUCGUCCCAGAGAAUUACGUUUCGUUCCUCUAGCCAGGCCUGAAAGCAAAAAUCAAGUCCAUGGUAUCCAUGGUGAUCGUUUCUCCAUAAAGGGACCAUUUUGUACAUUCACCAUAUGCAGUAUGUGAAUAGUUUGAAUGUGUAGUUCAAAAAUUGUUAUAAAUACAUUACUUACAGAGUGUAUAUGUUUGAUGUAGAUAUUAGAAGGUGUCUAAAAAUAUAUAUUUAGUGUUUUUUACUGCUAUGCCUUUGGCUCUGUUAGCCCUAAGGUUGAUUAUUUAUAGGUGGCUAUAACGCAGACUGGAUCUGACAAGUUGAACUUUAUAAUAUAAGAUACCUUGACCUGUUAUAUUUCAUAGGUCUACGCUUCUUAUAUUAUAGUUCAGUGAUGAAGGAGAACUUACAAUUAACACACUGAUUAAUGUAAUGGUACGUGACAUGCUCAUAGGUUUUCGUUUGUUUGUUUGUUUGUUUGCUUGUUAUUUUUUAAUCUGUUCACGCUCAUACCUUUUCCCCAGUAUAACUUAUCUUUGAAUGUAUUUUUUUAUAUGUAUAUCUGUCACUGCAGUGAGCAGAAGCAAGGACUUGAGAAAGUGUGUCUGAAAUAUUUCCACAGCAUUCCAAUAUACAUGUUUGAUCCCCCCACCCCAUUUGUCUUUUUAGUGAAGCUAAACAAAACGCAACAGAUGCAGGACAUCAGUGGUUAGGUCAUUUCUUUCUUAGUAGCACUAAUGUCAUAACCAUCAGUAUUAAUGCUCCAUUAAAUCAGUGCCACCUGAAAAGACAUGUUUGAAUAAUUUUUCUGCUCUGUAGCUCUAACUACUAAAUAUAAAUGAUAAUACUAGUUACAUUUACAUUUUCCACUCACACUUACAUGGUUUUUCUUUGUGUCUCUUCAUUCUAAUGUUUCAUAGACAUAACUUUUUAUCACACAGAUUUUUCUAUCAUUUUAAUUUAUUUACAUUUAAACAGUCCAUUUGUAUUAAAAAACAAUUCUGAUGUGUAUUGGAAGUACUCAGUACUAAUCUGUUGUCAACUCAGUUGAUGUCCUUGCUAAUACAUGUUUUGUUGUGCUCAUUGAAAUGGCACUUAUUUCAUUAAUAGUUCUGCUGUAUUUAAUUUCACACUGGUUUACCAUUUCAAUGUAUUUUAAGGGACAUGAACGAGAAAAAAUGUGUCAGCAACGAAAAAUCUGAUUUUCCCCCGAAAUGCCAUAAUUGUUGCCCGUAAAAUGUCCAAAUUAUCAUUAUUAAUAAUACCUCAAUGUCUGUUCUAUAUUGAAGUCCACAUCAUUCCUAUCAAUAUGGCAUGGCAUAUGUUUUGUUGAAUGUGUAUACCUGUUCAUUCUCAAGUCUUUUUUAAAGUCAACCAUUAUCGGCCCACAUAUGUGAAAUUAUUGCAACAAAUGCUUGUACCUGAGACAUGUUAAAAACUUGUAGAGGUCACUUUUUCGCUAUAUCUUUAAAUAUUUGACAUUCAAAUAAUUUAAAAACUAUGCAUUUUUUAUUAGAAUCAUAAUGUAUUUUAACAAAAUAUAUAUUUAAAUAUUUAACCCCUUUUUUAGAGUAAAAUCAUUAUCAAAAAGGACAAAUAAUUCAGUGUAACUAAACCUUGAAAAUAUUUCAGUCUUAGAACCUGCAUUUACAUUUAAUGAUAAAUAGAAAGUCAAUGAACAUUUCCACAGCUAAAUUUCAUAAAAUAUAGUUAAUUAGCCCGCUAGCUAUGAUAAUAAAUUAUACUUUGCCAUAGUUGGUUAUAUUACACAUUUUAACAUUUAAGGACAAGUGGCCUUUUGGCUUGAACAGUAAAUAAAAAAAAAAUCUUGUAAAAAAAAGUUUUAGUUGUUUAGUUGUUGUAAUGAAAUUAUUCAUUAAAACUUUUUCAUUUAAAGAUUUUUUCUCCCUAAAUCUAAAAACCAUCUAAAGACAAGUUAAAAAUACAUUUAGGGUCAAACUUUAUCGUCUCAUUUUCCAAAAAUAUAUAUUUAAUAAAAUUAUUUAAUGUAAUAUUAACAAAUGUUCCUAACUAAGACCAGUAGCAUUCAAAGCAAAUACUAAAAACACAUUUGUUAGUUUAACCGAUUAAUAAGCUUGUUGGAAGUUUUACAUCUUCCACCGCCCUAUAAAACCUAAUUAUUAGUAUAUAUUUGUUCAGUUUGCCCUUUUACCUUAAAUCCUGGAGCAGUUUCCACCCUAAUCCAAUGUAUUGUUUCAUUAGUUUUAUCCGAAACUGUUCUGCAUUUGUUUUGUUGUUGUUUGUAAAAUUGUCCUGUAUUUCUUGACAAGAUUGUCCUUUCGAAAAGGAAAAAGAAGAAAAAAUUUCUCUGUUGACUUCCUUUAAAUUUUCCUUGUGUUACUGACAUUCUGAAAUAUGAUAAAGUUGCUAUAAAGUGUU